CGAAACUCUUGCGAGGGGAGGAGGCUGUCAAGGAAUUUGGGGAAAAUGAAAGGACAAUAGGGUAUGGACAUAUUUGUAGGAAAAAGUAGGCUAGGCUACUGCGAAGUUGAAAGUAAACUCCUUUGAUCCGUCGCGACUGAUAAUCGUGUCAGUGAGAGCAGGAGGAUUGGAUCUCAAGUGAUUGCGAAGGAGGCAGGUGCCAUACAAGAUCGUAGUCCACGAAAUGUAGCUACAGAGUGGUAUAGUUCACGUAGACUUUCUGAUAGUGGGUUAAAUAUAUGUAUCUGUGCUGAGAGUUUGGUCAGUAGACAAUUAAAUAUAUUGGCUGUAUCUGAACCGCUGGGACUGUUUUCGGGACGUAAAAUAUCACGGAAGAAUGCAAUGGACUUAAGUGCCACGGACGCUGGAAUAUCUCAAUUAUUGCUACUGAUGAGGAUGAGCAAUAUAUACACUUUUGUGUCCAUUUACUUUUUGUAAUGGAGUGGAUCCGAUUUGCCUACCUGUUCCUUGGUGUUUUGAUGCGACCAAGCAACGCACACGUUUCUGGACCUGAGACAGUCUUGAACUGCUGUGAAGGGGACAUCCUGCUCUUGUUGGACUCGUCAGGAAGUGUGUCAUCCUAUGAAUUCUUGCGCCUGCUUCACUUCCUGUCUGAGCUUCUCCAGCCCUUUUCUCUGGGGUAUGGCCACGUAAGGGUGGGGCUUCUGCAGGUGGGCACAGAGCCACACCUUGAGUUUGGCCUGGAUGCCUACAAUUCCCAGACUGACCUACAGGGGGCCCUACUGAGGACAAGGCAGCUGCAGGGAGACACCAACACAGAGGCUGCCCUACGACAGGUCCAGGGAGUACUCACCAAGGCUGGGGGAGAAACAAAGCUUUCUAAGGUGCUGUUGUGGUUAACGGAUGGAGUCCAGCCUGGAAAUGUAAACAAACUAAUGGCAGAGUUAAGGAGAGAAGGUGUGGUCGUGCUGGCUAUCUCUACAGGACGCGGGAACUACCAGGUGCUCCGGAACUCUGUGACCCCGCCAAUUGAGUCUCACCUCCACUUUGUAGACAUUGAUGACAUCAGCAUCAUUACUGACGACCUGAGGGAGGCCAUAAUUGAGCUUAUUCGUGCUGAGCGACUUCUAGUCACCCAGUUAACCUCCAGUAGUGCUGUGCUGCAGUGGCGCCCUGUCCUGGGCACCAGUACAGGCUACUACCAUCUCCGGUACACUGUAGGGAAGGCAGAGAGUGGAGACCCCCAGGACGGUGCCAGCAGUCAGUACCUCCCAGGGGACAGCAGCUGGGUGGAGCUGACCAACUUGCAUCCAGAAACCACCUACACAGCCUUUCUGACCCCUGAAUAUAACCAAGAGUACCUCAACACACUCACCGUCAGCUUCACCACCCUGCCAGACGUGUUGAGCCCAGCAGUGGUCUUGGUGUCAGAGUCUGGUCUUGACCGCGUGCGUGUGAGCUGGGGUCCCCUGCAGCCUAGCAGAAUCCAGAGGUACAGGGUGGAGUAUGGAGCCAUUCCCAGCGGACAGGUGCAGAUAGUGAGCCUACGUGGAGAUAUGAACUCCACCCUGCUCACAGGCCUGCAGCCUGGCACUCAGUACUUGGUCACAGUCAGUGCCCUGUACUCUACCGGCACGGAGAAGGCUAUGUCUGCCAGGAUCUGCACGCAGGAAAUGCGUCCUGCCUUGAAUGACCUACAGCUGAUCCCAGUGGGCCGUGACAAGGUGCAAGUCCAAUGGCAUUGCCGGGAGGAAGGGCUUAGGGGCUACUGGCUGAGCUGGCAGAAGAGUGAUACUCAGAGCUCCUCCCCUCUAGCAUCCUCCACCCUUUACCUGCCCCCUGGCUCCUUCUCUGCAAGCCUCACAUACCUGGCCCCCAGCACUAGAGUGUGUGUUUCCCCUGUUUACAACUCAGGCCGAGGGGAUGGGUUGUGCUGUACAAUACAUACACACACAGGUUGUUCUACCAAUAAUAACUGAUUGAAUAUAGUGUGUGUUUUACUAAAACUGCUAUAAGCCAUUCAUUUGACAUUAAUUUCAAAUUAAAGAGACUGCAAGUCAUGUCAUUCUAUUCUGUCAUCCAGAACUGCUGGGACAGAUAUGUUGCUCAUGUAAAAUACAAAGACAAUGUUAAUAUUCAAAGUCUUAUGGUGCUAUCUAUAUAUUAUAAUACUGUACAUCCUUCUCUUUCUUUCUCUUUGACAGCUUAGAGGGGCAAUCAAUAAAAUUCUAUAGCAAUUAA